AUGACCCGCCACACCCCCGAGUUCCUGCGGGCGCGCAGCUCCAACCUGUCGCUCCGGUCUGCGGCGAUGGAACAGUCUAUGGCGCAGCGUGUCGAAGCCGCCAACAACGCCAUCGACAACACCGUCGCGGCCAAGGACCUGGACCCCGGGGCCUUCACGAAGCCGUAUCUCGACUUUAUGACCGAGAACCCCACCGUCUUUCACGCUGUUGGGUAUUUCAAGGAGAAGCUGCUCAAGGCUGGAUACAAGGAGCUCUCCAGCCGCGACAACUGGUCGGGAACCAUCCAGCCCGGCGGCAAAUACUUUACCACCCGCAACGGCAGCUCCAUCAUCGCCUGGGCCGUCGGCGAGUCCUACAAGCCCGGCAAUGGCGUCGCCAUGGUCGCGGGCCACAUCGAUGCCCUCACCGCCCGCCUCAAGCCCACGAGCAAGAAGCCCAACACCCACGGCUAUGUCCAGCUGGGCGUUGCGCAAUACGCCGGCGCGUUGAACGAGACGUGGUGGGACCGGGAUCUGAGCAUUGGCGGCCGCGUCAUUGUCCGCGACCCCUCGACCGGCAAGACGGAGACCAAGCUCGUCAAGCUCGACUGGCCAAUCGCCCGCAUUCCUACGCUCGCGCCCCACUUCGGCCUGAGCAUGACCGGCCGUAACAACCGCGAGACCGAGAUGGUGCCCAUCAUCGGCCUCGACAACAGCGACCUUAGCUCUGCUGGCGCCACGACCCCCCAGCCGCUCGGCGACCAGGGUUCCUUCGCUGCCACCCAGCCCCCCAAGCUCGUCAAGCUCAUCAGCAAGGAGCUCUCCAUCUCCGACCCCAGCACCAUCCUCAACUGGGAGCUCGAGCUCUACGACUCGCAACCCGCCGCCGUCGGCGGUCUCGACAAGGAAUUCAUCUUUGCCGGCCGCAUCGACGACAAGCUCUGCUCCUGGGCGGCCUUCAUGGCCCUGCUCCACGCCAAGCACGAGCCCUCCCAAAGUAACAUCAAGUUGGUCGCCCUCUUCGACGACGAAGAAAUCGGCUCCCUCCUCCGCCAAGGCGCCCGCGGCAACUUCCUCCCCAUCACCAUCGAGCGCACCGUCGAGGCCCUCGCCGCCUCGAGCAAAGUCCCCUUCGGCCCGGGCCUCAUCGGCCAAACCUUCGCCUCCUCCUUCCUCGUCUCCUCCGACGUCACCCACGCCGCCCACCCCAACUUCCCCCAGACCAACCUGUCCGACCACUCGCCCCGCCUCAACGUCGGCGUCGCCCUCUGCGUUGACGCGUCGGCCCACAUGACCACCGACAGCGUGAGCUUGGCCAUCCUCGACCGCAUCGCCGAUCUCGCGGGUACUGUCAACCAGCGCCACAUGAUCCGCAACGAUUCCCGCUCUGGCGGCACCGUGGGGCCUAUGCUGAGUUCGGCUAUGGGCUGCAAGGCGGCUGAUGUGGGGAUUCCGCAGUUGAGUAUGCAUAGUAUUCGGGCUACUACGGGGAGUUUGGAUCCGGGGCUGGGGUUGAAGUUUUAUAAGGGGUUUUUGGAUCAUUGGGAUGAGGUCGAUGCUGAGUGGCGGAAGUAG